AUGGAGACGGUGCCGGAUAUGGAUGCAUUACUAGAUGAACUAGAAGAGGUUGUUGUGGGUAAUAAGCCGACUCAUUCAAAAAUCUCGAAGUCAUGCGUCGAACAAACCGUUGUAAUUGAACUUCCCCUACAUCUUCGAAAAUUAUCUGACAAGGAAGCGAUAAAGAUUGACCUGAAACCACCGGAUCCUUCAAUCGUGGAAGCAGAAAUCUGUACAACAGUUACUGCCGAGUCUUUUACUGAGAAAACAGCUAGAACGAUGCAAAAUGGAAACAAUUCUGAAGGCUACGGUAAUAUGCAGCAUGCUAUCCCAACACAAGCAAGCAGUAAUGAUCAUCGAAGUAUUGAAAGUAUGCAAUCUUAUGCGGUAGAAGAAGAAAAGAAGGAGGUUGAAUCCGAACGAGACACCGAAUUUGAAGAAGUAUUGAAAUAUUUGGAACAAUUCGAAGAAAAAAACAACACUGUCUUAGACGAUGGCACAACCACGGCUCUGGAAAUCGAUAUGGAAGUAAAAGAUGCUCACAAUAGCGUUUCCUGUUCUCAUUCUUCAGAAAAGCGUAAGGGAGCUGCUGUAGAAGUAGAGGCGAACAUUUCUGUUGAUUCUACGCAGAAAGACGAUGACUCGUAUGGUUCGUCAUUUGAUCGCGAAGACCAGCAACUGGAAGCGGAAGAUGAUAAUUCACUAAGAACAGCUGCUGAAGCAGUAGCGGAAGCGCUACUUGAUGCCGUCGCAAACAGCGUCGAGAAAUCCGUGGAUAAGUCUUUUUCAUGUGGAAAUAAGCUGGAAGACAAGGAAGAACGAGGCAGAGCCAGUUCAGUGGGAACAAUAUCGAGUUUCGAUGAUAAAGCUACUGUCUGCGAUGAGAAACUCGCUGGUGAAUAUAACAGCCAACCGGCCACUGUAACUGAAGAUUCUACUGGUGAAGAGUCUGUGUUGGAAACGGUAUCUGACAGUACAGAUACUGUUCUAACUGUGAUUCAUAAUCCAAACGUUUCUGCCAUGGAAAAAGAGAGAAGUGAUAUUGACGGAGUUCCUAAGCAGGCUGAUGAACGAGAAGUCCAAAGAGCUGAAGAAAUCGCUGUAGUAGAACAAACAGAUAGUGGAACAUCUGAAGUACAAGGUGAUACGAUCACGGCUAUUGAAAAUAUGAGUCCAAAAAUUGAACCGGAAGACUCAACUGAAAGUUCUGAAUGCAAGGAAGAACAAAUAACUACUCUCUCUACGUCGAAGGAGCCUACUGAGGAAAAAACACGAGAAUUAGUAAGUCCUACUCCUAAGGAGAAGACCGAAGUAGAAAGGAAAGAACAAGACACAACCGCUGUGAAAAUAAAAGAAGAGGACCGUACUGAGGACGAUACUGGAUCAGUUGUGGGGGAAGCGAGGAGUGAACAAACGCAAAGCGAUGAAAUGAAAAGCUCAAGUGAACGUCUCGAAAUGAAAGCUGACGGUGACGACGAACUCGGUCUUCCUGGUGACGUGGAGCGUGAGCGCGGGAGUUCAGAAGAAAGUUCUCACGGUUUGGAAACCGCUAUUGAGUGCGAGACAAGCGGAGAGGACCUACCUUCUCCAGUUCCUCCUUCCGACCGUUUUGGAGCACAGGUGAUCGCGACAAUCCACGAUCUGUCGCAGGAAUCUGACCCAAUGAGGCUCACUGAAAGUGAACUGCAGCUUGGAAAGUCGAAACCCUACUGGAUUCCUGACGAUGAUUGUUCCAUGUGUAUGCUGUGCAAUACUCGAUUUUCUCUCCUUAAUCGUCGUCAUCACUGUAGAGCUUGUGGACGUGUAGUAUGCGGAUCGUGUUGCAAAGAACGAGCAACGCUGCAGUACAUGAAAGAUGAACCGAAAAAGCAAACACCUGCUCGUGUCUGCGCGCCGUGUGCAUCCAUGCUUGCUCGUAUCGAGGAAUAUGAGAAGAUGAUGAGAGAACAUGCAGAAGGUGGCACUGUGGAUAAUCCCACUCCUUCAACGUCGUCUGGUACCCGUGUGGCACGUGGUGUAUUGAAGACACGUGCAGAAUCAGAACCUGAACCAUCACAAUCUACAGAAGGUCAAGAAAAGAAGCGAAGCGUUGUGUUUAGAGAUGGCGUUAAACCAGGUGCAACGUCACCGUCCAAUACGGGAGAUCCAGCAAUGGAAGAGAAAAGUACCACAGUGAAACCGAAAAAGAAAAGUCGCAAAAGACAUGCAGUUGCCCGAAGAGUGGCCGAAUUACGACUAGAAGAUGAGCUUGGAUGCGCACUGCCAACGCCCUCGAGACCGCAACUGCUGGUUAUUUGCCCUAAUGGCGAAAUAAAUAUGGAAGACGAGGGAUGGGUGAAAGCGAGACUCAAGGAAGAGCUCCCAGUUACAAUUGUGUUAAAGAAGAAUCUUUCCUGCGUCGUUAAGAUUUGUUCAGUGGGCUCUAUGAGUGUGUUCUGUGUGCAUUCAUGUGGAUUUGCUACUAUUGGUUUGGAUGAAGUGUUAUUUGCGUGGAAGCGUGAUGAUCUAGAAGAUUUCGCGUUGCCGCUGAACGUUCUGCAUAGAAUAGCACAGAUUUACUCAUCCUCGUGCGAUGAAGACCAGGCUGGUGUGCGACAAGUGUGCACCCGUCUGCCUGCUAUACAUUCUGUUCCCAUCGCAUUGCCCCCAUUGUCAAGACAUAUCCUGUUCUUUCCCCCUACUUUACAGAACUUCUCAAGUUUACCUGUACCAAAUUCUCCGUUUCUCGUUGCACUGUUCCUUAGCGAUGCUGAGUUGCCGUGGGCGAUGGCUUGUCCUAAUCGACUGUUGUUGCGUUUGGGGCUCAAAGAGAGUUGGUAUCCAGCCCCUAUUGUGAAUAUCGUAGGAAGGAAUGCAGUUUUCACAACAGAAACCUCACAAACAGUUCUUAAGGUGUUCACAGACUUCCGCAGUUGGUCGUUUCGUAUGAAACAUCUAGUUGGUUCUACAGUAACACUUAGCAAUGAUGUUACGUCUGUAGAGAUUCCAAGGAGUGCUAAGCAGGAUCUGGACGACAUCAUUUCCUGGAAUCGCACUAUGAUUGCAUGGACAACGGAUGUGAAUUUGUCGGCUGAUAGUCAUCUGGUCUGUGAGGAAACCGAAGGAUUAUACGCCACACAGGUUUUGGCUCGUGGAACUUCGAGGAAUGCCACUGGGACCUCUUUCAUUAUCAUUGACGGAGGCUUAAAGACCAGUGGAUUGCAGAUUUCUGUAGUGGAGGAUGGGGUUGCCAUUCGUGUUUCUUCGGAUAAGCUGGAAAGUCUACUAACUGCUCUGAGUUCUAUGGAGGAGUGGACGACAACCGGCGCUUCAGGAAGUCAGUUUACAAUACGCUGGACAGAUACUUGCCCUCGGUCGUCUUCUCAUGGACCAAUUUCACCGAUAGAUGGGCUUAAUUUGGCUGAUAAAUAUCAAUAUGGAUUGUCGCUUGAACGAGCUAUUUCUUCUGUUUUACAAGUACCUAGUGUAUCUGACUACGGUGUACGUUUGUCUCAUGUGUACAAUCUCAAGGAUGGAAGACUCAGUCCUGAUGAUGAGCCGAAGGUGUUCAGUAUUGCUGAGAUGUUAGCACGAGAAUGCACUGGAAUGUUGGAACCGUAUUUGACGAUGUUGAUCAAUAUGAAUAUCAUGAGCAUCUCCAUACGCGUAGGCGUGAGUACAGAAAGAGUCGAAUACGAUGUCUCACCGUGGUGUGGUAUGGAGGAUGAACAAAUGAAGUAUAAGCAGAAUAUGGAUCAGCUCAUCCCUGUGCUCUAUGAAAUUCUGGGUUAUUUGUCUGGUGGAUUUCAUAUCGAACUCACGUUAUCAUUUGUGUCAACGAAGUCUUUACCGUUUGUUUAA